GCGAGGCGGGUCCCUCCUCCGUGCAGAGGACCAAUGGGAGGGCGCCUCCCGAGGCGCGGGAAAUUUGAAUCGCGGCGGCGGGUGGGGCGGGGCAGGGCAGCAGCGCGGUGCCCGCCGCCAUGGGGGUCUCCGGUAGCGCCCCGGUCGCCCCCCACAACAAGCACCUGGCGCACGUCAGGGAUCCCCGCUCCCCCAGCGCCGGCAUCUUCCGCACCCCUAUCGAGGUGGUGAGUUCCCCGGCGGGCAGCCCUCAGCCCGGUGCCGCCGAACCGGUGGCGGGGAGCAGGCAGGCCCAGGAUCCGCGGUCGCCCACGCCCGGUGUCUCCCACACGCCCAGGAGAGCCGUGUCGAGUGAGAGCCUGGACCGCCUGGUGAGGCAGCUCAACGAGGCCUUCGGGGCCGAGACUGCGGCCCAGGAGCCGGGACCGGCCGGUCCCGACGAGGAGCCGGUAGUGGAAGAACCGGCCCGGCGGAGCUCCCCACCCGCCGCCGCCCCGGGGGAUGAAGCGGAGAGGCCGCCCUCUCCCAGCGCAGCCCCGGCUCGGCCAGCCCGCCUUGCCGGGCCUGGCUUCUCCUCGGGGAGCAAGCCCGUAAGACGCAAGACCAAUAACAAAAUCAUGACAACAUCUGGUGGAACUGGCCGCUCUCCCCUCAGCAUCCUACAAGAUGAUAACUCCCCCAGUGCUCCUGCCCCUCGCCAGGUAAACCUUAAUGAGCCAUACUGUGGGAGGGAGAAUGGGCUGAAAAAACACCAAAUCCUUCAAUUUCUGUAUUUUGUAGGGCCCCAGUUUGGAACUGGUGAUUUCGUAAGUGUGUUUCUGUGGGUCAGUCUUGUCCCUAGAGGCCUCCAAGUCUUGUUCAAUGUCUGUAUCUUUGGCCUUACCAUGAUAUUGCCCACUUCAGUGCAUCCUUUCUCUUUAGGCCAUAGAAAGAAUUCCAUCACUCUUAGGCAUUGUCACAAGAGAGCUAAAGCUGAAGGGUCUGAAAAUGGGCUAUGUGUUCCACUGAGAAUUAACUAAUCCUCAAUUAAAUUGUGUUUUAUGCUGUAUGCUUGGUAUUUUUUUUCUCUAGGGUAAGAGGCAUGUGUUGGGAGAGAACCUUGGGGAGAAGAAGGAAGUGACGGUGGAUCUGAGCAGGAGCCUCAAAUCUGGGAACUGUGCUUGGAGAGACUUGAACAAAGAGAACCAACG